AUGGCCAACAAAGUUGCAAGAAACAUCGAGGAACUUGGCCAUCACAUAUACGAUGCAGUUGCCCAGAUGCAAAGCAGCAUUGACGAAGGACAAGAACUUCCUUCGCUUGCUGACACGACUUCUUCAAGUGGCAAUGGAGUGAAGCUGAAACUACGUUACGAUUCUGCUAGGGACUAUAGCAAAAAGCUUUUCAACUGCUUGCAUUCUGCUGCUGACAAGCUCAGCAAAUAUCAGUAUGUUCACUUGGAUAUCCUAAAUGAAUUCAGAACAGGACUUCAACAGAGAUAUUCACCUAUCGAAUCCUCGGACUCCCUUGUUCAAUGCAACGUUAUGGAUAUUUCUGCAGUCUUCCAAGAUCUCCUUUUACGUGCCAAACGGCUAUCUGAGGAAUUCGUUUCUAUGAGGGAUAAGCAGCAAAAGUAUGCUGAAUGUGUAUGUGGAAUGGAGGCUUGGUUAGAAGAUGUAGGACCAAAGGUGACAAAGCUAGUCAAUAAAUCUACAGUUGUUGAACCGAAAGCCAUUAAAUAUCAGUUGGACGAAGUUAAUAUGAUGAGCAUUGACAUUCAGUCUCAACGCCAUCGUCUAGACAGCACGAAGCAAGCAGGGAAUCGCUUCUGGAAUCGCUGA